CAUCUGAUGUCGCCCGUUGCUCGCGCGCGUCUGACAGUCGCCUCGCAUUGUUCGUGAGCACGUACGGAGCGUAGUUUCGGCAGCGGGCUCCACCUCCACAAGUGACAAGCGCCUUCUCGGCUCGCCAGGAUCGCCAGUGCUUGCGGAACGUAGCUGAUAUGUGUUGUGAUAUGCGCCUGUGUACAUAUCGGCUCGGCGUCAGUGCGUUGAAAGCAUAGUUUCGGAAGCUGGUUUGUGUUGUGAUACGCUACUAAGGCGGCUCGACGCAUUGAUCAGUGCUUGCGGGGCGUAGUUUCGGAAGUUUACUGGUGACCAUGGGUCGGCGACCGCAGAAGUACAAGACUGCUCCUUCUUACGGCACUCGUAAGCGGAAAUCGCCGACGGUGAAAAAGACUGCUUCAAGUUCGCGUGGCAGUACUGUGCAGCAUAGCGCAGAAGUCGCAGACGCGCAGCCGAGGACUCCGUGUGCGGGCAGGAUGCAUACGCGUGCCGAUAUGACGUCGUUCGGGAGCCGCCGCCGAGCACUUCACACGCGGGCGAAACAUCUCGUGCGAGCAGCAGUGGCACCGCCGAGCUUGUCGUGCCGCGUUCCACAUCGUCGGAUGGAUCUAGCGAUCGCGCCUCGGAUGUGUGUCCGAUCAUCGUGUCGGCACGUCGCACGAUGUUGCUGCGCCGUCUGCAAGUACGGGCGGCACCAUUCAGGCGCGCCUGGAGCCGCGUUUUGUAUCGGUCGAAGCAUCCCGGGAGGUCGCCGCGAAAAUGCAGGCAAAACUAGGUUCGGUGUCGGUGACCGCGCGGAAAGUGGAACUGACGGGUGAAGGCGAGGGUGCUUGCCGGUACGGAACAAGCGGAGGAGUUUCUCGUCGUUCAAAUGACUGCCCUGAACGCGCUUCUCGGCAAAUCGAAGUGCCAGCAGAGCUCAUCCCCACCAGGACUUUCAGUUCAGCUGGGAAGAAAACAUGGAUUAGCAGCACAAAUCAUACUGGCGUGCGCGUUUUCCGGCGCCGUCGCGAAAGGAAGGUCGCAAAUUUUUUAUGUUAAUAUGAGAGCUGUACAGGCUGUUAAAAGUGGCAAAGGGGCAACAGCUUUGACCGAUUUCUGGUCAAUAAUGAAUGUCCCCCGUAGAGGGUUGCAUCGUAAAACAUUUCAGAAAUGUCUCAAGGCCGAGUUCAGACCUGCCAGUGAGACAGCUGCUGCCAAUAUUUUUUCUGAUAUGCUGUGGUGGCAGUGCACAAUGUUUACAGGGAGAUGGACCCUACCUUUAAUAAAAACAUAACAGUGGUUUGUGAUGGGACAUGGCCAACACGUGGCCAUACAUCCCACAUAGGUGUCGGCACUGCAAUAGAAUUUGUCGCAGGACCGGUGCUCGACUGUGGUCCUAUCAAACCGAUGCCAUGGUUGCACGCUUGGCCCCAAAGAAGGAGAUGAAGGCUGUGAUGAUUGGAAAGCAUCACACGUCUGCCAAAAAAACACAGAUGGGAACUCUGGCAGAAUGGAGGUUGAAGCAGCAUUGACUCUAUUAGGAGGUCCCUUAGCAAAUGUGGCUUGCGAUAUCUGAACAUUGUUUGUGGUGGUGACAGUAGAACCUUUGUAGCACUCGGUCAGGGCAAGACUUUUGGAUUUAUUCCGUUUACUAAGGAGGACUGCAUUAAUCAUGUCAAGAAAAGGAUGGGGAUGGCUCUGUGGGCUCUGAUCACAAAAGGCAAGAAAGGGGAACCUCUUGGAGGGAAAGCUGGCCUCACUCAAGAUUUAAUAAAAAAAACUUACACAUUACUAUGGCAUGGCUCUGCGUGACGACGACAAUGUUCAAGACAUGCAAAAGGCCGUGAUGGCAGCAUAUUAUAAUAUAACAUCUACCGACGAAGACCCCCAUCGUGACCUUUGCCCACAGGGGCCCCAAAGUUGGUGCCGACAUCAUGCUGCAGAAGCAGAGAAGCCUCCACCUCCUCACAGUUUGCCAAAAGCUAAGCGUCGGAAGGGUGUGACCGUGACAGCUGACGUGCCGCACGACUUUGGCAAGGUGUCCCACCCCAUCGCAGCUCCCGAGGAUUUGACUGCCUACUUGCCGGCAGGUGAUGAAGCUGCGGGGGCACUCGGGCUCACGGUGGACGUGGAGACAAUCACACUCCGUGAAGAAGUUCCCAUGAUGCAGGACGACCCUCUGGAGAAAGACGCGAUCCCUGUGGAGGUUGAAGAAGGAGGAGACAUUCUGGAUGAGCUGGACAAGCUGAUGGCACUACACAAAGGAGAGCAGGCACCUGGUGCUGGAUCGACAGCCGCCUCUCCACAAGCAACUGUGGAAGAACCUGCCCGGCCCAUCUCACCCAUCCCCAGGGUUCAAAGCCAGACGCCCCCUCUUCCGCGAAUGCAUCGUGCGAGCAGCCAGUCACCAAGAACGGGAGAGCCCGCUGUAGGUGAGCCGGUCGAGGCCGUCCGAGCAGGGCCGACUGAGCCGCCAACCGAAGCCGAGCCCGAACGGACGGUGGCCGAGGACGAGUUGGAGGAGGCCAUGCCCGUUGUUCCCGAGGCCGAUUUGCCCGCUGAUGCUAGUGCUCCUCUGGUCCAGCCAGACGUCGAUGCCGCGGCACAGCCCGAGCGGGCACCGAGCCCUGCAGCACUUCCGGCCCCGAGACCAAGGAGGCGCCGCAUUCCCGGGUCGCCACCAUCCGGGGAGCCAGUACGUCGCCGCCGCCGCCGCUCUCGGGUCAUCAUCGAUCAGGAGACGGAGAUCGACAUGGAGACCAUGCGGCAAAACAUCCGCGACAGCAGUGUGGCGCCUCUUACACGGGACAUUGCGGUGCUGCCCACAGCGCAAGAUGCAGAGACGCUCUUCCGACAGCCCGGCCGUCGGCUGCUUUCCAAGCGCCUGCUUGUGCCCUGGCAGCGAGUCCGGACAUUGCCCAGACCAGAUGACGAGGAGCCAGCCGUGGCCCCCGAAGAACCAGUUCGUGAGCCAGAGGCUGAGCCCAUUCCAGAGCCCAUGUCAGAGCCAGUUCCUGAGCCACUUCUUGAGCCAGUUCUUGAGCCAGUGGCUGAGUUAGUUUCUGAGCAAGUGGUUGAAGCACAGGAGCUGCCCUCGGGUCAUGGCCUGGAAGUGGCGAGAGAGCCUUCACUGCAAGACACCUCAACUGCCAGUGGAGAGGGGAAGCUGGCAGGAAGGACUUCUGUGGUUCCAUCGAUGACUGGGAUUCCUGAGGAAGAACAGCAAGCAGAGAUUCCUGGGGCCGAGGAAGACCAGCUGCCCAUCCCAGAAGGACCGGCACCACCUGAGGAUGAGCCAGAGCAGGCUCCCGUGGCACAAGUUGCCCCUCCCGACGAGACCGUGGUGCAUGCUGUGCCUGCAGCAGAUGCCCCCCUGGCGCAGCAAGGCUCCAUGCUGCGUGUGUGGGAUCGGCUGCAGCAGUUCAGCGACGACCACGGACUGUGCACUGUGGAGGCACUGGUCACACCGGACGCCUUCAACCGGAGAGCCGUGGCCAGCUGCUUCGGUGCGCUCCUGCGUCUUCACAAACGGCAGCUGGUGCACCUCAGUCAGGAUCAGCCAUACGGCCCAAUCGUGAUUGAAGUGAACCAGCAAGAACAGGGCACCCCACCAAUGGCUGGGCGCCUCAGCCCCUGAGCGACCACCACACAAGUAGCACUGGAAGCAGUGUCAGUGUGGGACAACACUGUCUUUGUUGUCUGUACCAUCGGGGCAGCCCUGUCCCCUCUUGACAAAUCAGGUCGCAAAUUUCAAAUGUCCCCCCAAAGUUGCCAUUUUCUGCAUCAUCAGUGUCGCCGAAGAGGCAGACACGAAGCCAUCUCUGUUUCUUUUUAAUGAUUAUGGGUCUCAGAUGAAGCAUUGGGUAAGGAGAGCGUAACAGCAAGAAAUGAGUAGAAACAGCAAUAUUCACAUAUGCAACUUAAUAUAAAAACAUUGAAGAAUUGCUUAAAAAGAAAAGUAUGUAGAAAUAUACUAGCAGAGUUCUUUGAGCUCUUGCUGCUGAGGUCUUUGUGUUGGAAGUACAGCUGGCAUUUUUUCUUGGUCUUCUUUUACGAUUGCUAUUUCUGGCAUCCUUGUGGAAAUGCAUAUGCACUUAAAAGGAGAUUCGGAUUAGUCCAAAAGUGAUGCAGAUUUAGUUGACCUAUUUCCCCACUCAACACAAUGGCAAAAACUAUGAAUUGAACACUGAGAAACAUAAAAGCCAUUCACAGCAAGCUACACUGAUGUAACAACAGCCUCUUUCUUUUCUGUUUAUAUAUAUAUAUACACCAUGUUUUCCCUUAUCUAGGAUAACAGACGAAGGUGCUCAGAAACCGACUGACGAUUUCUAAGCACUGGACAUUUUUAUGGUAGAUAUUGUAGCUGAUUUUAUCGGUCGGUCGAUAGCAUUUACAUUGCAUUCAUGUGACAUUUGUUGAGUGUAAUUUUGAAAUGCAAAACUAAAUGUUAAAUAGUUAUCUAGUCAUUUGCCUACUUUACAUUUUUAGCUUGUACUGAUGUCAGCACAUUCUUUUGUGCCAAACUUGUUUUUAUGAGUCAGCAUUUACCACAUGCUGUGUGCGUGAGUGAAUCUCUGAAGGUUUUAUGACAAGUCUCUUUGAGGUGCUGCAAACUGUUUUGUUGUUUAUUAACAUUGUUAAUUUUUUUAUGAAGUUCUCUACUUGUUUGUUCUUUAACUGACUUUGUGAUCGUUACCUGUGAUAAGGCACACUGAUGGUACUCGUAUGGACUUACCUCAGCAUUGGCCCAGCUGUGAUGUUUUCAGAGAUUUGAGACAUUGUUCUAAAGUUUUAUUUUAUUUAAUAAAGAAAUGCUAUGCUUCCUA